AUGAAAGUUGCGGUGUCUAAGGGUCCUCCAUUCUCUCCGAAUGCAACAACUUUUGAGUCUCAAGUUGGUUUCUGGCUUCUAUUUCAGUUGGUUGAACACAGUGCUUAUGCUCAGUUAUGGCGCGACACGUUGAGUGAGUCGCUCAAAUCGUGCUGCACCGGCGACCUUAAUGGCUGCAAUGCAUCGAACGAUCCACUAUUACUUGUGUCUGUUCUUCGUCACUUGGCUACUGAUUCUCUCCUUCUCGUGGGCUGUCUUACGGAGCGUCUUCAUCCCGUGGAGUUUCCCUCUCCAUCACUUUCAUCCCUUGCCACACCCGUAGAACCUGCUACUGCCCCCAUCAUUGUUCCAUACGUUGAGUGCGCUGGUGGCGGAGGAGGUGGGAUUGGGGGCGGUGGCUGUUGCGGCUCCACCAUCACAGUUUCUGUCGCCGGUUGCCACUCCUCCCUUGGUGGGCCUCUCUCCUCUGAGUGGUGUCCCCCUUCCUUCGAUUCUCGGCCUGAUCUGGCAGCUAUCAAUGCCUCUGGGUGUUUAUGGGCAUUGCACGAGAUCUGGCAGGAGGUUCAAGAAUCUGGGCAGGCUGGUGCAACGACACAAAUGCUGAAUGGUUACAGUGGCAAUGGUCACCCUCUUCUGCCGUCAGCGAUGCCUCCAUCACCGAUGCGUUGGGUGCUUUGUGCUAAUUUGGAGGCGUCACCAACCUCUCCGGCAUAUCAAAUCUUUCGUGAUGGUUAUCCCUCAGAUGAGAGUAUUGCACGACUCCGUGCGGUCCGUAAUAUCCACUUGAGGAAUCAUGACUUUCUUGAUGCUACU